GUGGAACUUAGUAACAUAUAUCAAGCCUCCACUAGGAACUCAGCCCUUACACGCAAUUCAGGGUGACCUACUCUCCAGCUUUGCCCAGGUCUGAGGAGCUUUCCAGGGCACUUUCACUGUUAACUGGAGCAGUUCCAUGAAAACAGGGGCAGUUCUGGUCAGGCUGGGACCGUUACUCACCUACUUACCAGCAGAAUACCUCCUGAGGGAGGCGUCUUCCCCACCUGAAGGGGAGAAAACCGAGGCUUAGAGCAGCCAAGCCCGUUGCCAGGGACUAAGUGCCAGUCAGCAGGUGACAGGACCACGGUUUGAACCCAGCUGUGCACGAGGCCAAAGCUCUGGCCAGGGAGACUUGUCCCGGCACCACUUCCUAAAGCUGCAGGCUGACCAGUGCCAGCUGCAUGUUGGAUUCAGCUGGGGAGCAAUGGAAACUAUGGACGCCUGAGACCCACCGCAGAGAGUGAGAGGGGCUAAAGACAUGUGGAGAGCCUACUCUGACAUGAGAGAAGCCAACUACAAAGAUUCAGACAAGUACUUCCAUGCCCGGGGCAACUAUGACGCUGCCCAAAGGGGCCCUGGGGGCGCCUGGGCUGCCAAAGUGAUCAGCGAUGCCAGAGAGAAUGUUCAGAGAGUCACAGACUUGUUCAGACAUGGAGACAGUGGCCAUGGACUGGAGGACUCGAGGGCCGACCAGGCUGCCAAUGAAUGGGGCCGGAGCGGCAAGGACCCCAAUCACUUCAGACCCCCCGGCCUGCCCGACAAGUACUGAGCUGCCUCUCACUCUGCUCAGCAGACGGGGCUGUGAGCCCCCACGGGCAGCGACACUGAGCGGGUGGUUCUCUGUCCACAGGAGGCAGCACAUCUAAUAAAUGCUUAAGAGA